CUUGGGGUUAUAUGUGGAGCCCCGCAAAACAAUUUUCAUGGGACGCGGCGAAUCAGCAUUCCUGUGGAGCUUCAGUACCCCGAAGCUCUUUCUUUCUAGGUUGGUUCAAAUGCACGGACACAAUGGUGCCAAAUUUUGCUCGGCUUCAUGCGAGCUUCUAUAAGACGGCCCAGCACGCUGGUCCAUGGUUUCUUUUGCUUUCCGUCCUCAUAUUCCAUGUGACGUGCAGGAACUCCUGAGAGUAAUUCAACUACUGGGGUUGUGUGGAAAACAUCUCGUCAUGGAUGCUACCACGCGUAGCGCGUCUGUCACCUCUGCGCUUGUGCGCACGGAACUAGCAUACAAGAACCGAUGGCGAAACCUAUUUCACAACCCCAAGCUUCUUUUCAUUGCAUUCUUCGCAUCUUUCGGAGGCUUCGAGUAUGGCUACCAGCAAGGCGUCCUCGGUCAAUCCCUAGUCAUGCAUCGAUUCGUUGACAACUUUCCCUCCGUGGUCAGCUCGUCCUCCGCCACCGGCUGGCUCACUUCAGUCCUCCAACUCGGCGGUAUCUUAGGCUCGCUCUCUGCCGGCGUCAUUGGAGAAAUUUUCUCCCGCAAGUAUACCAUGUUUAGUGCAUGCUGCUGGGUGGUUCUUGGUUCGUACUUGUACUGCGGUGCGAGUUAUCAUAAACCCCAGUUGCUCUACGCCGGACGGUUCUUCACGGGUGUCGGUGUUGGCACGUUCUCGGGUGUUGGUCCGCUAUAUAAUGCUGAGCUUUCGGCACCGGAGCUGAGAGGCUUGCUUGUUUCAUUCUAUCAGUUUGCUACGAUUUUGGGCAUUAUGCUUUCGUUCUGGAUCGGCUAUGGAUCGAACUACAUCGGCGGCAUCGGCCAAGGCCAAUCGAAUCUCGCAUGGCAACUUCCCUCCAUUAUCCAGGGCAUCCCAGCCGCCAUCCUCGCCAUCGGCAUUUGGUGGCUUCCGUUCUCGCCACGAUGGCUCGUGAAGAAGGGCCGCGACGAAGAAGCACUCAAGACGCUCUCCUACCUCCGCAAGCUACCCGCCAACCACGAGCUCGUACAAAUCGAGUAUAAGGAGAUCAAAGCUGAAGCCCUAUUCGAACAGCGCAACUUCGAGAAGCAUUUCCCCAACCUGGCUGCGAAAGAGGCAGGCAGUGUGUGGGUACGAGAGUUUGCGCAGUACUACCAGAUCGUGAGGACCUGGGAUAACUUCAAGAGAGUGUCGACUGCUUGGCUGGUAAUGUUCUUCCAGCAGUGGUCUGGUAUCGACGCGAUUAUUUACUAUGCGUCGAACGUCUUCUUGUCGCUGGGGUUGACGGGUGGCACGCAAGCACUGCUCGCUACUGGCGUCACUGGUGUUGUGUUCUUCGUCAGCACGCUCCCAGCGAUGGCCAUUAUCGACAAGGUCGGGCGCAAACCUAUGCUGCACGUGGGCUCCAUCGUCAUGUUCAUCUCGAUGGUCAUCGCGGGCAUCAUGGUCGCGAAGUUUCGGCAUGAUUGGGGGUCGCACGCUGCCGAAGGCUGGAUUGUCGUAGCUUUCAUUUGGCUCUAUGUGGGUGCUUUUGGUGCGACUUGGGGACCGGUUUCUUGGACGUUGGUGUCAGAGAUCUUUCCGUUGUCUAUUCGGUCUAAGGGUGCUUCAAUUGGUGCAUCUAGCAACUGGGUCAACAACUUCGCCGUCGCUUUCUUUGUUCCGCCUAUGCUCUCUGCCUGGGCUUGGGGCACGUACAUUUUCUUUGCCGUCUUCCUUGCUGGCGGCAUUGUUUGGGUGCACUUCCAGCUCCCGGAGACGAAGGGCGCUACGUUAGAGGAGAUGGACCGGGUUUUCAAAAGUCGUACCGGCGCUGAGGAUGCGCUUAUGCUGGCGGAAGCGAGGAGGGAGAUUGGUCUGAGUAUGGCACUUGAAGCGGAUGCCAUCAAGGCUGUCGAGCAUGGCCCACAGUUGAGCGAAAAGGGUGAGCAGCGUGUCGAGGCAGUAUGAGGCAGGCCUGAUGUUUGAAGAUCGCCAUACUUCGGCCCUUCUUGGAAGGUGACUCGGGCACCUGCAGCACGUUGCACGCCUGUCGCUGGUACAAAACCCCUCAUUUCCGCUCCUAGAUAGUUCAUCUACCCCUUCGCUCCUCC